UGGUCUCGGGUGGGUGUUUGCAGGGGUGUAUAUACGGACCCCGGAACUUAAGCACAUGUGGGUGACAACCUCUCUUGCUACUGCUGCCUCCAUCUUUUGUUUUGACAUCGCCUGUUGCUCCUGAAUACAAGCAACAUGACUUUUCAGAGGCACUCAGGAGGCCCCAGGAGCUACCUGACCUCCACCAUGACGGACCGCUUCGACUGUUUCUACUGCCGCGACAACCUGCACGGCAAGAAGUAUGUCAUGAAAGACGACAAGCACGUGUGCACCAAGUGCUUCAACAAAGUCUGUGCCAACACCUGCGCUGAGUGCAGGCGACCCAUCGGCGCAGACUCCAAGGAGCUGCACCUCAAGAACCGCCACUGGCACGAGGAAUGCUUCCGCUGCGCCAAGUGUUACAAGGGGCUGGCCAGUGAUGAGUUCUGCGCCCGCGACGACGGCAAGAUCAUGUGCGGCAAGUGCAGCUCCUGCACGGAUGGCAACCGCUGCCAGGGAUGCUACAAGGUGGUCCUGCCGGGCGCUAAGAAUGUGGAGUACAAGAAAAAGGUGUGGCAUGAGGAGUGCUUUACCUGCUUUGAGUGCAAGCAGCCAAUCCGCACGCAGAGCUUCCUGACCAAGGGUGACGAUAUCUUCUGCACCGCCUGCCAUGAAAAGAAGUUUGCCAAGAUGUGCUUCCACUGCAAGGAGCCCAUCACCUCUGGAGGCAUCAGCUACCAGGAACAUCCCUGGCACUCCGAGUGUUUUGUGUGCACCACCUGCCGCAAGCCCCUCACUGGCACUCGCUUCACCCCCCACGAGGACGCCUUCUACUGCGUGCAAUGCUACAAGAGCGACGUGGCCAAGAAGUGCCACGGAUGCAAGAACCCCAUCACAGGCACAGGGUUGGGCAGCAACAGCGUGGUGAACCACGAGAACUUCUCCUGGCACUCGUCUUGCUUCAUCUGCAAGAAGUGCAACAAGUCCUUGGCCAACAAGCGCUUUGUCCAAACCGGGGACAACAUGUACUGCCUGCUCUGUGCUAAAGUUUGAAUGGCUUUCAAAGUGGUUACACUCCUAAAGAAAUUGCAUCUGACUCCCUCGAAAAAAGAUGAUCACAAAAAAUGGAGUCAGAGGGUACAAAACGUUUUGGGGUGUAACUGCAAUUAUUCAAUUUAUCGAUAGAACAAUCCGAAUUGAAAAAGGAAUGACCAAAUUUGAAUGAAGGUCUUGCAUGUAAGUUUUCUAUCGACAGUAAAAUGCAAAUAGCAUUUUAAAUCAGGAUGGCUCCUGUUUUCAAAAGGCGAAAUAGCGUAGUCUGCUGUCCAUCCCUGCAUGCAGGCAUACAGUCUUUUUGGCAUGCAGUGCUUUUCUUUCUUUGCUUGGUGAGUGGUUUCAAUUGUAGCGCUUAAAGCUGAAAUUUAAGCAGCUCAUGUAUUCAAGAGUUGUGAAAUUGGAAAAUAAACAUGAAUAAAGACGGUUGCAAUCUCAA